AUGCAGGAGACCGCAGAGCCAAAGGCAGCCAUGGAGGCUGAGAUCGAGGUUGCCCACAGUGAGCGCCACGAACUUCCCACAAAGGGAUAUGAAGAUCCUCACAAAGCUGCGCUCGAGGACAAUCCUGAGCACGCUGAGAGGCUCAGUCUCUCUGUCAUUCUUUCGGCCCUUUUCCUGGGGACCUCCUUUACCGGACCGAUCAUCUUCGGCUUUAUCCUCGCCACUCCCAUAUUGGUACAACUGAGUGAAAAGUUGGGUGGUGCAACCAUCGACUUUUGGAUACCUUCUGGCUGGGGCGCAGCAGCGGCAGUCGGCUUUUCCAUCGCAGGAAGACUGUCAGACGUCUUUGGUCGUCGAUAUGUUAUCCUCGUUGGACAACUUCUCACAGUCAUUGGUGGUGCAAUCGCAUGCAGUGCAAAGUCAAUGAAUCAACUGAUUGCCGGCGAAGUCAUCCUCGGAAGUUCCAUUGGAACAGUCUCGGUCGCCUAUGCGGGCAUCUCUGAAAUAUUGCCCAACAAAUACCGUGGCGUAGGCCUCGCCUGGACAGAGCUCAACCUCGCAAGUUGGGCCAUCGCGGGUACACUUCUUGCCAACGCCCUUCUCUCCCACGCGAGCUGGCGGGUGAUGUACUAUAUCGCAAUGGGAUACGGUGGUUUCUCACUUGUCGGCACAUUCUUCGUGUACUUCCCGCCCAGUCAUCCGCGUCCUGAUGGCUUGACCAAGUGGCAAGAAUUCAAGCAACUCGACUUCCUCGGCACCGCCCUCUUCGUUUCUGGCCUUGCUGUCUUCCUGUACGGCCUGAACUCCGGCGGUAAUACCUAUCCUUGGAAAGCUGCUGGUACCUUGGCUCCUUUGAUCCUCGGCCUGUUCGUGUUUCUGGGAUCAUUCGUGUAUGACUUCACCGUGGCGAAAGAUCCUUUGUUCCCGUGGUACUUGUUCAAGAGUUUCCGGUCAUUCUCCUCACUGCUUAUGCUCGUCUUCGUGGCGGGCAUGGUGUUCUUCGCGGCCUCUGCGCUCAACGCACAAACAAUCCUCUACCUUUACACAGCCGACCCAAUCAAGAUUGGUGUAUACUCCAUUCCUUCUGGUGCCGGUCAACUUGUGGGAGGUGUUAUCAUUCCCGGCCUUGUACACUAUAUCAAGCACGUCCAUAUACAGCUCACCUUUUCCGUCUUCAUGCAGACCCUCUUUUUCGGACUGGCUGCACUCAUCACUCCCCACAACAUCAACUGGGUCAUGGCCGUGCAGUUCCUUGCCAUGCUCCCAUUCGGAUGGAUCACUCUCAACUGCUACACGACAGCCUCACUCCACGUGCCCCAGCGAGAUCUGGGAGUCGCCAUCGGGCUGAUUGGCACUUUCCGGUCUCUUGGAGGAGCAGUUGGUUCUGUCAUCUUCUCGUCCAUUUUCAAUCAGAUCUCGGCCAAGCAAGUGCCUCACCGUAUCGCGGAGACUGCUCUGGCGGCCAACGUGUCGGCCAAGGCUCUCCCAGACUUGAUCGAAGCAGUUUCACUGACCCUGGUUGGUGUUCCUGACCAGGCCGCCACCGUACCUAGUGUGCCGGCAGCGGUCUUCUCCAAGUGCAUAGAGGCGGCUCGGCUUGGGUAUGCCUACGGGUUCCGUAUCACUUGGCUAUCAUCGAUUCCUUUCGGCGUCGUCGCCAUGCUUUGUGCAGUGGCAGUUCGUGAUCCUUCCAAGUACUUCACGAACCAUGUUGAGAUUCACCUCGAGAAGGAGAUUGGUGGUGGCCGACAGGCCAAAGAGACGAAGGAGGUUGAGCUGGACCAUUGA